AUGGGGGCCGCCGCCCUGCUACUCCCGCUGUGCGCCGCGCUCCUGCUGCUGCCGCCUGGCGCCGCGCGGCUCCGCCUGGCCUGCGACACCUGCCGUGGCGUAGUCCACAGGUUCGAACAGGGCUUAGCGGACACUGCCAGGAAGAACUUUGGCGGUGGCAACACGGCGUGGGAGGAGAGGGCGCUCUCCAAGUAUGAAUCCAGUGAAAUCCGUCUUGUAGAAAUCAUAGAAAACCUGUGUGACAGCAGUAACUUUGAAUGCAACAACAUGGUAGAAGAGCAUGAAGAACACAUAGAGAAAUGGUGGUUCAAACUAAAGAAGAAGUAUCCUGACUUAUUUAAGUGGUUUUGUAUAGAAACUAUUGAAGUUUGCUGUCCUGCUGGAACCUAUGGACCAGACUGCCUUGCUUGUCGCGGUGGGUCAGAAAGGCCUUGCCAUGGAAAUGGCCAGUGUGAUGGAGAUGGCACUAGAAGUGGGGAUGGAACAUGUAGUUGUAACAAGGAGUAUGCAGGAGACUUUUGUCUAGACUGCUCUGAUGGUUAUUACAGUACCCUGAAAAAUGAAACGCAUUCUGUUUGUACAGCUUGUCAUGCUGCCUGUAAAACUUGCACUGGUUCAACUAACAAAGAUUGUGAGGCAUGUAAAGAGGGCUGGACCACAAAUGAAGAAGCAGCUUGUGUGGAUGUGGAUGAGUGUACUGCAGAGGCUUCUCCUUGCAAAGAUGACCAAUACUGUUUAAACACAGAUGGAUCUUUCUCGUGCAAAGCAUGUGAUGUUAGCUGUGUAGGUUGCACAGGAGAAGGCCCUGGCAAAUGUAAAGACUGCAUGUCGGGAUACACAAUGGAAGAUGAAAAGUGCACAGAUAUAAAUGAAUGUAAUCUUGCCAAAAGUGUAUGCGUAAGAGAAAAUGAAGACUGUGUUAAUACCUCAGGCAGUUACAAGUGUAUAUGCUUGGAAGGCUUUGAAGAAAAUGAUGGAACAUGUGUUCAAACAAAAGCAGGAGAGGAAGAAGAGAGAGCAGUGACUACACCACCUUCUCCUGGACAUGAGGACUUAUGAUCUACUUUCCAAACCAAAAGACAGUCAUAUUUACACCUUUAAGUUAAUGGACUGAAGCUUUAUGACCUGAUAAACUGUGGAAAUAGUAUUAAAUAUGCAGAUGGCCAGGAUGAUUAUUUUGGAAAAUGGUAAUGAAAAAUUGCCUUCAGCUGCAUUUACCUAAGAAAGAAUAAGGAAAAUGCCACUUUUUAUACAGAUUUUUUUAAAAUAAAAAGCAUCCUCCUUCUAGAUAGGUAAGUAUAGACUGUUGGAGUAGAAACAAUCAAAAAUGAGUUGCAUAUGUCUCAUUCUGGUGUCUACUAGAAAUGAUCAUCCUCUUAGAAGGACUUAAAUUUAUCUUGCCCUACCUAACUGACACAUGAUGAAUUGAAACUGGGUAUUUCCUGACAUGGGAAUUUUUCUAUAGCUAGAAUAUGGCUUUUAGGAAAUAUUAAAGGGCAUCAUUUUAGAAAAUACACUUCCCUAGAAAUGAAACAGAGUGCCUGAUAUUGCAUUCAAUAAAGUUUUAUUUGUUGGUGCGUGUCUUAAGCUAUAAGAGAUCUUUGUACACUCCUGCGUGGGCAUGGAAUUGGGAAGUGGGGGAGAGGCAAAAAGCAUUUCCAUAAGAGAGGACAGGGUCCUAGUCAUCCUAACAGACUCAGUGGUAUGUUUCUUCAGCCUGUUUAGAAAAGCAAGCAGCUCUGUUUAUCCUAAGUAAAACUUGACAUCAGUACCUUUGGUUAGGUGCUGUAGACACUACAUCUUGAUAAUCAUGGUGUUUGUUUUGCAAAGUUUACAGUUGAAGAAGUUGCUUUGAAACUGAUAAAAACAUACAUUGCUUGGACAGCCAACUGUAACAUCACUGAACUUUUUGUCAUUUAAGUAUUAAACCUGGCUGUUCAGUUUGUUUAAUA